CCGAAGCUUCGUGAAGAUUCCGGAAGGCUCCGGCCGGCUCUUUCCGCCGCGGGAGCUGCCCCGCCCCCGGUGCUGCCGCCCGGCUUCCUUCCUUCCUUCCUUCCUUCUUUCUUUCUUUCUUUACCUCCCUCUUCCUUCUGCCGUGCUCCGCCGGGCUCGGCUCUCGCGGGUGGCGGGGCAGGAGGUGCCGCGGUCAUGUCGCUGCUGUGCUACAACCGGGGCUGCGGGCAGCGCUUCGACCCCGAGAGCAACACGGAGGGUUCAUGCACAUACCAUCCAGGUGUGCCUGUUUUUCAUGAUGCUCUCAAAGGCUGGUCCUGUUGUAAGAGGAGAACAACAGACUUUUCUGACUUCUUAAGCAUUGUGGGCUGUACAAAGGGUCUCCAUAACAGUGAGAAACCUCCUGAGCCUGUUAAACCAGAAGUCAAAACUACUUCUGAACGAAAGGAGCUAGCUGAACUGAAACCCAAAUUUCAAGAACACAUAAUUCAGGCACCAAAACCAUUGGAAACAAUUAAGAGGCCAAGCCCAGAUGAACCAAUGAUAAAUUUGCAGCUGAAAGUGUCAGCUUCGUUGAAACAAGCUCUCGAUAAACUGAAACUGUCAUCAGAAAACGAAGGGAGAAAAGACGAAGAUGGUGAUGAAAUAAAGAUUGGGACGGCAUGUAAAAAUGCAGGCUGUUCAAAAACAUACGAAGGACCACACAGCACAGAAGAAGUAUGUAUAUACCAUUCUGGUGUACCUAUAUUCCAUGAAGGGAUGAAGUAUUGGAGCUGUUGUAAAAGAAAAACUUCUGACUUCAAUACAUUUUUAGCUCAAGAAGGCUGCACAAGAGGAACACACCUAUGGACUAAAAAGGAUGCUGGUACAAAAGUAGUUCCAUGCAGGCAUGAUUGGCACCAGACCGGAGGAGAAGUGACUAUUUCUGUAUAUGCUAAAAACUCUGUCCCUGAUCUGAGCUACGUAGAAGCUAAUAGCACAAUGGUAAAUAUCCAUAUUGUAUUUGAAGGAGAAAAGGAGUUUCAUCGCAGUGUGAAGUUAUGGGGAGUGAUCGACGUAAAGAGGAGUUUUGUGAACAUGACCGCUACAAAGAUUGAGCUCACUAUGAGAAAAGCAGAGCCCCUGCUAUGGGCAAGUCUGGAGUUACCAGUAUCCAACACACAACCAAAACAGGAGAGUUCGGAUAAAUAAUGAUUCCAAGAGGCAACUUAUUUUCCAUGAUGAAGUGGUGACUUGCUACUGUAAUCAAAUAUUUAACUUUUAUAUAGAUUCCUUUUUUUUUUUUUAAUGCUAGUUCAUCUGUUCCCUUCUAGGAAGAAAUUUUACGCACAGUAAACGGGGGUGUAAACUUGAAAGGGUUACAGUUAUUUCUGCUCUUGCUCCCAUGGGUAUGUUUAUGCUAGGUACAAUGUUUCCAUGGGAAUUUAGAGUAAAACAGCUAUUGCCCUUUGCUUGCAACCUUCCCUACCAUGCACUGACUAUCCCAGUAGAUGUGCUCUCUGUUCACAGUGGGUGUUUUUGUUUUUCAGCUGUUCUCUCUUAGACUGGAUGCAUUUGGUAACCUGUGUUAAAUUCAGCAUUGUUAGGAAGCAUACAGGAAUGCAGAUAGAAAAAUCUGAGUUUGAACUGAUUAGCAUGCAAUUCCACAUCUAGAGUAAAAGGUCACAUAAACAGAAAUAUGAAGUUGUGCACUUGCAGACUUCCGUGUUCUGAAACGAAGGUUUGUUUCGAUGCCUGUUGGCUAUAGAGGGAUGGGGUGAAAUGAACAGUAUUCCAAUGAUUUCAGUACUUGCUGACUCGUGCCGUCUUUCAUGUAUCAAAGCAGAUCACGUUAAAAUUUUAAAAAAGGUGGCAAGAAGGGAAUUUUUUUUACUCCUUUGCAUUUGCUAUUUGAAUAGUUAAAUAUAAAAGUAAAUGGACAGUGAAAUGACUGUAUAACUUAGCAUUUCAGCUGUGAAGAGUAUGCAAACAGCAAACUAUUUUAAAAUUACCAAAGUGCUGUAUGUAUUUGGCAGCCUAUAGAAUGUAUAGUCCGUCCUAUUCUACAACACUGAAAAUCUCAAGACUCUUCCAAAGUAGGUGGAUAUGUGUAGUAGCAGAAGCCAGAACACACUGCAGGUGUCUUGGUAAAAGAGUUUCCACCUAGAUAUGUGUAUCUCUUGACUCUGAGGACGGUCGUCUAACAACUGCAGUUAUAUACAGGACAAAUCUUAGGAGAAACAACGUGCUUUAAAAUGUCUGUCUCAAAUUGUAAUUGUACCUUUGAAUCAAAAUACUUUAAAAGAAUACUGUAUCUGUUGAAGGGACUGUAAUUAGAAAUCAAGACCUUAGUUUUGUUUUCAGUUCAUCAGUAAAGGUAUGUGGCUAAAAACAGGUUAGCUGUAAAAACGAGAUUUUUUUUUUUAUCCAAGCAGCAGCACACAGAGUAACGUUGCUUUCUAUUUCUGCUUGGAAUAGUUUCUUAAUUUUGGCUUGCAGCUGAAAUAAAAACGUUUUCGUACAAAAGUAUAUAGAAAAUGCACACAAUUAUUUAUUGUGUCUAAUCCUAUAUAUGUAAACAAGAAGUCUUGCUUAAAUGAGGUUAAAAGAGAUCCAUGUUAAAAUGCAAGGAUGCUCAUCUACCAGCCUUGGCAGACCUGGAGUACUGUCAGGAGAAAUACAGGGUGUAGUAAAGGCAUUCUGAAGUGAAAUACAGAUUUCUAAGAAUCUUGCUGUUUUCCAGUAGGUAUGAUUUCACUUGAGCUCAGACUUCUGUCUAACAGUACUUGAAGUCCUACUUCAUGCUGAAAGUAGUAGGAAAUACAUUACCAAAGAAACCAUCCCUGAACACCAAGAAAGUAACACUGUUGAUACAAAUAUAUAUAUAUAUGUACACAUACAUAAAUUUGUUUUGGUGCUUCUCUGCCUUCAUUUUAACAUCCUUAAUCCUCGAUUACUUAGUUUGAGCAUGGUUGCAUACUCCCUUGGGCCCUUCUAAAAAUUUUCAGCUCUAAGUUCUGUAUAGAUUCUAUUAACCUCUAAUAAUGCCUUUUUUUCCUCUUUUUUUAAUUUGAAAAUAUCAAGUACUGUAAAGUGAUAGGGUACAAGCUUAUAAAAUGUGUGCCUGCCAAGUGGUCCUCUGAAAAUUGAACAGAUGUUCUUUGAUGUGUUCUGAACCAACAAGUGGGAUACUUAGUAUGACACUGAGAACAUUAGUGGAUGAAAAACUCUCGAUAGCUGUAUCUACUAGCAUGCCAUCUGUGUUUGUGUGUGCAGAACUCUGAACUUGGACAGCAAAAUUAGUAGUGCUUAAAUGCCAGGAUAAAGUUCUUGUUUAACAAGCAAGUUCAAAUGUGUCUAUCCAUAUGGAUAUAUAAAUAUCCUAAAUAUGUUUAAAAAACGUGGAAAACGUAUUUUCACUUAAUUUGCAUCCUCAUGUGCAGUAGGUUUCAUAAUAUAAAACCCAUUUUAAAGAACUACAUCGAAAAUGGAAUUCCUUUGGAAAACACAAUUUCUGUUUUGAAAUAAGUAGUCUUCUGCUUUAGUGCGUUAAACCCUAAAUGGAGAGGAAUGUGGAUGAAGGUGCCAUCUGCUGUGAGUGCUGCAGGCUUUGGGAACCUGUUACUGCUUGUUACACUCUUUCAAGCUAUGUUCUGCUGCUAGCGUAGUCACCUUGGCCAGAAGUGGGAGAAGGCUCCUGUAAACACAGUCCCCAGUUUUGCUUUUGCGUUUUAGUCAUUCCUCAUGCUCUUCUCCUUUUGUUCAUAUUUGCAGCACAAAACUAAAGAUACUUCAGGUCUUCUGUAAUGACUCUCCCCAUCAGUGGCAAUACAACCACUUCUGAAACUUACCUGUUUAAAAAAGCAAGCGAACACAGAACCCAUAAAAACUCGCCCAGCUUUCAUCAGGCAAGAACGUAUAGAUUUUGCUAUAACAGCGUAGUUUCUCUGGCCUGGGAUGCUUUUCAAAAUAAAAAGAUAAACCUUCAGAUGACCUGGACUGCCAUAAACUGUCUUAACUGCAGCAAUUCUUAGCAGUUUUUUAUAACCAUAUGUUUGCAUCUGUCCUGAAGCUGCAACAGCUGUGUGUUUUGAGCAGUUGCUCACAACAGGCUUCAGCACGCCAAGGGUUAAUCCUGGUGUUCCAUGCAAUAACAUCUUGACAUGCAUAGUGGUAGCCAACACUUGGAUUGACUACUGCAUUGGCUGUAACUUUUAUUAGUAAGUGUGGAGAGAAGAUGAGGCAAACUGUAGUGUGCUAAACCAAUCAUGAUUGAAACUUUCCCAAAAGCAAGAUCUGUCAAGUAAGCAAAGUUAUUUUUGAUCACAGGCUUUCACCUGUCUAAUCAUAUGACACUAAAUUGCAAGCCAGUGUGAACAGAAAUACCUGGUAUUGAAUUUAUCCUAUUUUUCAUGCUUUUGGAUGUUCUCUAUUUAUCAAAUUUAUUUAAGUUGAUGCAGUCUAACUGUAUUUUUAUAAAUAAGUAUUUAAGAGCUGUAAUGUGUUUCAGUAUGGGUUUACGUGUUACACAUGUAGACAGUCAUGUUACACGAGUUAGAACUGACUGUCCAGAUGCCUAUAAAACUUCACCUUCAUGAUCCCUUUAUAAUAUGAAAAAUUGCAUGGGUGUCACAAGUUUAUGACAGAAAUCUUAAUCUUUUCCCUCAUGUAUAAGCCCAUUUUCUUAUCUAACAUAACAUAUUUCAUACCUAAUGUUACAUCCCAGGUAACAAGUGAUGAGAGGAAAUGACCUCAAGUUGUGCCAGGAGAGGUUUAGAUUGAAUGUGGGGAAAAAUUGUUUUCAUGGAAAGGGUUGUCAGGUAUUAGGACAAGCUGCCCAGGGAAACAGUGCAGUCACCAUGCCUGGAGGUGUUGAAAAAAACAUGGUAAGGCACUUAAGGACAUGGCUUAAUGGUGAGCAUGGUGGUGGUGCUACCUCGGUGGUUGGUGAUCUUGGAGGUUUUUCCAAUCUUAAAAAUUCUGUGAUCUUGUAUCUGUAACAACACUUCUUGGAGGAAUUGGAAUUUAUGUGAAAUGUUAACACACUGCUAAGCACAGGGUUGAUUAGCUACUCUGACUCUUAGGCACUGAUAUAACUUGGCAAAAAAAUAUUCCAGUGGAUGGUAUUCUGGAUCGUGUACAUUAUCAAGUCACCAUUUCAGUAGUUUAGGAGUUAGUUUUACUAGGAAUUUUGCCUUGGAAAAAAAUACACCUCUUAUACAUAAUGAUGCAUUUUUCGCUUGCAGUCUUUGAACAUGGCAUGAGUAUUGGUUAAAUACUGUAUCUGUUAAUGACUGGUCUUUCCUGAUUUGCUACUAGAUUUUUUUUACUUCUGUUCAGGAAGAAGAUCCUUUUUAAAGUAAUGAGUUAUGUGUCUGGAACACUGUUUUAGGGUGGUAAUAAUUUUGCCAUUCUAAGAGUCUUGAAUUACAGUUGAAGAGGAGAUGAUUUUUCACAUGGCUGUUUGAUUCUGCACAUUCAUAAAACUUACAGAAAUUAAUCUCAUGUCUUCAUGCUCUAGUUUUUUUCUAAAUGUAUUCAAUAAAAUUAUUCUUACAUGCUGGUUGCA